AUGACAGCUGUUACUGCUCGCUCGAGUGUACGGUGCUUGCACGGCAACACGUGGUCAUCGCCCUUCAAAGUCUUCCUACCGCCGACCUCAACAUCCUCGACCCGCAGCCGAUCACUUGCCACCGUGAACGAACCCUCAGUCGACGACAGCACUCCCACAUCUCGACCACGAGUCAGACCCACGACCUUCUCAGACAAGCUCAAUGCCGGCCCAUCCUUCUCCGACUUCGUGUCUGGCGACGAUGCCCCACUUGCCCCUUCAGAAGCCUACGCUCUCAAGACCGCCGUAGUCGGUCCGAAGGGCAAGCAGAAGACGAUAACUCGACUGCCUGAAUGGCUGAAGAUGCCCAUACCUGACAACAGCAACUACAAGAAGAUCAAGAAGGACCUACGAGGCCUCAAUCUGCACACCGUCUGCGAGGAAGCACGAUGUCCCAACAUCAGCGAUUGUUGGGGCGGUUCAAAAGCCGCAGCUACUGCAACGAUCAUGCUCGGAGGCGACACAUGCACGCGCGGAUGCCGAUUCUGCAGCGUCAAGACAUCCAAGACACCCCCACCACUCGAUCCGCACGAGCCAGAGAACACUGCAGAAGCACUGGUGCGAUGGGGACUGGGCUAUGUGGUGCUCACUGUGGUCGAUCGAGACGAUUUGGCUGAUGGCGGAGCACAUCACUUCGCUGAGACGAUACGAAAGAUCAAGAGCAAGCGGCCGGAGACACUCGUCGAGAUCCUGUCCGGAGAUUUUGGCGGCAAUACAGAAAUGGCUGCGUUGGUAGCUCAGUCUGGACCCGACGUGUAUGCACACAACGUUGAGACGGUCGAAGAACUCACACCGAACGUCCGUGAUCGUCGAGCCAAUUUCCAACAGUCCUUACGGAUCCUCGAGGCUGCGAAGGCUGCAAAGCCAGGCAUAAUUACAAAGACGUCCAUGAUGUUGGGUCUCGGAGAGACAGAAGAGCAACUGUGGGACGCAUUGAGGCAGCUGAGGAAGAGCGAUGUUGAUGUGGUCACAUUCGGGCAGUACAUGCGACCGACCAAGAGGCAUAUGCCUGUGCAUGAGUAUGUUACGCCGGAUGUGUUCGAGCUAUGGCGGCAAAGGGCUCUGGACAUGGGAUUCCUGUAUGUAGCGAGUGGGCCAUUGGUGAGGAGUAGCUACAAGGCUGGUGAGGCAUUCAUUGAGAACGUGCUCAAGAAGAGGAGAGCGAAGCGGGACGAAGUCGUGGCUGCAGAGGCAAUGGGCGCGAUGGAAGGAAGCCGGACUGCGGUCUGA